AGGAAGAUGCCUGUGAGUUUGAAGCCAGUCUGAUCUGUGUAGAAAGGUCCAGGCCAGCCAGGGUUACACAGUGAGUCUCAAAACCACAUCCCCCACCUCAAAAUCAUGACUUAUGUAAUUUAUACAUUAUGCACAAAGGCGCCAGUGUCUAUAAGCACACUCAGACUGUUCACUAAAUCCUUAGCAAACCCUUGCAGAAGCAGAGCCGUGCCAAGCUGUCAGAGAAAAACAGUAUUUUGACCUAGGCCACACUGGGUCAGCCGAACAUGCCACUUCUAAGCAAGUUGACGGGGACCGGCAGCUGAUUGCUUGGUGGAUGGGCUUUCUGUGUCCCUGGAUUUCCCCUCAUUGGGACUACAGCCAGCCGCGCUGCUGUCCCCUUGGGAAGCCAACCUGCCAAUGGACUGAUGUGUGUUUAAUUUACUGCUCUCUUCAGCUGACUUGUCUCCCUGCUAGUGGCUUCCGACAGGGGAUUCUGGGAAAAGAGAAACGGCCCAUCUCUGUGCUGGUGACUGCUGGCCUUAUCAGAGGCCUCCCCUUGAGACGUUCUCAGAUGUUAUUGAAAUUCAGCUCACCCCCAAAUUUCUCAUGCCAGACUCGGUUGGAAUCAAUUCCUGCCUCUGCUGUUAGCUGGGCCAGGGUGGAAGCAUGUCCGUGGCUGUCUCAUCCUCAUUUAAAUUCCUGAUGCUUUUAUGAGGGGGAGUGUUGUUGUUGUUUUGUUUUGUAACACACUAAACUGCAACAGCAAUACAAACGAACAAACAACCCCCUCAAAAAAAAAAAAAACUACAGCAAAUCACUCAUUAUAGUGUUAACAUGUCUAUUUCAUUGCUAGUCAUGUAUGUUGUUUUAUUUUUCAAAAAAUCUGUAAUGUGGUUAAUUACCUCUUUAAUUUCUGGUAUUUCAUAAUAAGAAGAAAAUUUACUGCAUACAACUAUAUACUUAAUUUUUAAUCACUGCCUGCUUUUUAAGGGAGACCUGUGGCAAACACUAAGUCCUAGAAUUAGUGUUUUUUAUAACCCUUCACUGUAUUCUGCACAUCCACAGGAUUUAUCUAUUUACUAAUUUAUGCCUGGAAUCAAGUGCUUCUCCUACCCUAGACCAGCAGUUCUCAACCCAUGGAUGGCAACCUCUUCGGAGGGUUGAAUGACCCUUUCACAGAGUCUCCUACGACCAUCGGAAAACACAGAUAUUUACAUUACGAUUCACAACAGUAGCAUAAUUACAGUAAGGAAAGACGAAGGGUCACCACAACACAAGGAACUCGAUUAGGGUCUCAGCAUUAGGAAGGUUGAGAACCAUUGUAGUCUAGACCCUUUCCUGUGCCUGGAUAGCUGACAGGCUAGAUAGCCGUAGGCACCCUGGCUGAGUCGGACGGUGAGGGUUUGAGCCUUCCUGGAAGCUGGGCUGAGGGCAAGGCAGUGGAGAUGUAAGAGCUGCCCUGAGGCCUCAUUUGUUUUCUUGUCUGGGAUGGGUCUUUCAGAGGGCCAAGCAGCUGGUGUAAGUCAGGGGGAGAGAAGCCUAUUCUGGAGGGUAACAGGUUGAGUUGUGAGCUUCAUCUUCAUUAUUCACAGAUGAGAGAAUUUCCUGCUGGGUUGUUGGGAAGAUUAAAGCCUUGGACUUGCGAGCAUAUUUCAUGGCAACUAGUCUAUGUCCAGUGAGUACUCGGUACAGUUGCCCAAAUUCUGCUGCAGUGGCGGUUGAUCACCCUGAUCCUGGUGAGUGGGACUGGGAAGGGAGAACAGAUGGCAGCUGACUGACAAGAAAGGAGUGUCUUACCAGGAGGUUUGACCUCCACUGAGGAUGAACAAGACUAGUUGCAGGAUCCACACCUGGGUUCCCAAGUGACGGCUCCAUCAAUGCGGUCUGCAGUCAGAAGGGACGGAAGGUGUUCCAGAAUGCUGAAGAAGGCACAGCUCCCAAGGAUAGAUGGAGGCUUGCAUGGGGAAGCAAGAGAAUUGGAUGGUCCAGACAUGACUUGACCUUGUCAAGCCUUUGAUUUCCUAACUGCAAAGUAGGGACUCCCUUGUGCUGCUUGAUGGUACUGUGAAGAGUGAGAAGCAGUUUCCAGUGUUGAAGACAGGCACAUGCCAGAUGCGAUAGAUAACCCAGGAAAGCUCUUCUUCCAUCUAAUUGGAUGGCAGAUGUCACGAACAAUAAAACACAAAUAAACAGGCCUUGGUGUUUCCCUGUACUCUGCUGCCUGUGAGCAGUUUGCUAAACAGAAGCUAACUAACUAACACAGGGAGAGCUGCUAGAAGGGGAAAGAGUAGCUGGCACAUUAGUCUUCAUUCUGCUACAGGUUUCUUAAACAGUUUACUUGCUGGGUGGUGAUAGGACACGCCUUUUAAUCCCACCACUGGGGAAGCAGAGGCAGGCAGAGCUCUGAGUCUGAGGCCAGCCUGGUCUACAGAUCAAGUCCCAGGACAGCCAGGGCUACUCAGAGAAAUCCUGUCUUUAGAAAAAAAAAAGUCCUUAUUUAUCUUAUUAAAUUUAUUUAUGUACUAGAGGGCAUGUGAGUACCACCUGUGGAAGUCAGAGGAUAACUUAUGGCAGUCAGUUCUCUCUGGUCAUUAGGCUUGGUAGCAAAUGCCUUUACCCACUGAGCCACGAGCCACCUCUGUGAGGAGCCGCCCUCACAUUCGCCAUUACAAGAUGGUGCUGACAUCCUGUGUUCUAAGUAGUAAACAAAUAAUCUGCGCAUGUGCCGGGGUAGUUUUCCACUCCAUGUGCUCUGCCUUCCCUGUGACGACAACUCGGCCGAUGGGCUGCAACCAAUCAGGGAGCAACACGUCCGAGGCGGAAGACAAUUCUCCAUAAAAGGGACAGGGUUUCGCCAUUCGCUCUCUUCCUCCUGAAGAAGUAAGCAAUAAAGCCUUUUGCUGCAGAAGAUUCCGGUUGUCUUGAGUGUGUUCUUGCCAGCGAGGACAAAAGCUCGAGAUACACCUCCCCUCCCCAGUCUGCUUUAUCCUUUUAAAGUUAAAAUUGCUAACAUUUCAAAACAGAUAUGCUCAAGCUGUAAAUGUUUUUUUGUGUGUCUGUGUCUCUUUGUGUAUGUCUAUGUGAAGCUCUCUCUCUCUCUCUCCCUCUCUCUCUCUCUCUCUCUCUCUCUCUCUGUGUAUGUGUGUGUUUGUGUUUGUUUGUGUGCAUGCGUGCCUGCCUGCCUGUCCAUUUGUCUAUCUGUCUAUGACCUAGUGGUCUUAUUUCUGGGAAAGAUGGAAUGAACAGACUCUAUUUUAUCUCUCCCAUUAAAACCAACUAUAAUUUGAAGACAGAAAACAUAAAUUUUUAUUAUUUGAGUACCUGAAAAUUAAUGGGCCGAUUGGGGUGGGGGAAUGAAUUUUAAGACCAACAACCUAGCAGUGAUUUUAUUGCCCUCCCUUUUGUAUCCACUUGCCUCAGUACAAUAUGGUUUGAAGCCUAGAAGUGGACACUGGGCACACAUAGGCUGUUCCAGGAGAAACUUGUAGUUCUGCCCAAGAAUGGAAAGCCAUUGGGGCUGAGAGUCAUAGAUAAGUAAGACUUAUCUAGGAUCAGCUGGGCUCCAAGCCCUCCAUACCACAGAUGAAGUCAGAACCAAAAGAAUGGUAAGGGAAUUCUGUAUACUCUGGGAAGGAAGGGGGUCCAAUUAUCACUCUUGUGUCCCAGGACCCCAAACAAAGUGUUUAGUGAAAACAGUGCGAGAGGAGAAACUGAACAAUUCCAAAAGGAGACUGAGAAAGAAAAUCAUUUACCUCCAAGCAAAGAAAAUAUAGAGAAAUCCAUUUAACUAAGGAAGUAAAAUGACCAGUAUAUGAAAAUCUGUAAAAUGGUAGCAAAAAAGUGAAAACAAAUGGAGAUCCCAUGACUGUAGAUUGGAAAGCUAAAUAUUGUUAAGAUGUCAACACUAUUUCAAAGCACUCUACAGAUUUAAUUCAACUUCCACAAAAAUGGAGUAAUAUUUUAUUUGCAGAAAUGAAAGACACCUACUCUAAAGUUCAUAUGGAAUUUGAAGAGCCCUUGAAAGGUCAAACUCUUCCUCAAAGGAAUAAAUGCUUAGUUGGGUCAAUGAUGUGUAUAAUUGAGAACAUGAGCAUUUGAUUAGAUGUCUAUAGAAGUUAGACUCCUGGAUUGUGGUGAGCAUGGUAGACAGGACUUGGGUCCAAGUUGGGGAUACAUGAGGAAUCUCACAAUAGAAAGUUUCAUGAGCCAAGUGAAACCGUGUAUUCUAAGGACUAUGAGUGAGUUAAUUUAAACUGGGCAGUGAGUGGGGAACAGAGGAGCUAAGAUUGGGCAGGAAAUUGUAGUAGCUGAAGACAGUGAGAGCAUCUUGGAGAGCCAGCCCGUUGGUUAUAAUUGCCACAUUGGGGCCCAGAGGUCUCAAAGGCCACAGGUGAUAAAUAAUUCAAUUGCCACGGUUAUUAUAGAGUCAUAGGCAAGGUCCAGAGGGGAAAGGGUGGCUUAAUAAUAUACCAGGUCCUUCAUAGUCUUAGUUAGGGUAAGUGAGCCAGAGAGUACGGUGGAGGGCAGUUACUUCUUCUUAGCGAUGUGCCUGGCUGGUGAGACUCUUGGGGCUGAGAGUCAUAGAUAAGCAAGACUUAUCUAGGAUCAGCUGGGCUUCAAGCCCUCCAUACCACAGAUGAAGUCAGAACCAAAGAGGAGCAGGUCUCACAUGAUCUUCCAGAACUGAAGAAGGACACUGUGCUGAUCUAACUCCCUCUAUCAAGCACCAAGCAUUUAGGCACUGACAUAUCCGAUCCUGCUGAUGUUCUACGUCAUAGAAACUGCCAUCAUUGCUCUCUCCCGAACAGACCUUCGACUGCACACCCCCAUGUACUUCUUUCUGUCUCACCUCUCCUUCCUGGACCUCUGCUUCACCACCAGCACCGUGCCCCAGCUCCUCAUCAACCUGCAUGGACAAGACAGGACCAUCAGCUAUGGAGGGUGUGUGGCCCAGCUGUUUAUAUUUCUUGCUCUGGGAUCCACAGAGAGUGUGCUCCUGGUGGUGAUGGCUUUUGACCGCUAUGUUGCUGUGUGUCGUCCACUGCACUAUACUACCAUCAUGCACCCUGUUCUCUGCCAGGCAUUGGCUAUUGCUUCCUGGGUAGGAGGCUUCUUGAACUCUCUGAUUCAAACAGGCCUCAUGAUGGCCAUGCCACUCUGUGGACAUCGACUGAAUCACUUCUUCUGUGAGAUGCCUGUUUUCCUCAAGUUGGCCUGCCAGGACACAGGAGGAACAGAGGCCAAGAUGUUUGUGGCCAGAGUGGUGAUUGUUGCAGUGCCUGCCAUGCUCAUUCUAGGCUCCUAUGCACAGAUUGCUAGGGCGGUGCUGAAGGUCAAGUCAGUGGCUGCACGCAGAAAGGCUGCUGGGACUUGUGGCUCCCACCUCCUGGUGGUAUCUCUGUUCUAUGGCUCAGCCACCUACACAUACUUACAACCCAAAGACAGCUAUUCUGAGAGCAAGGGGAAGUUUGUGGCCCUUUUUUAUACUAUCAUCACCCCCAUGUUCAACCCUCUGAUCUAUACCCUGAGAAACAAGGAUAUGAAGGGGGCUCUGUGGAAGGUAUUAGGAAGAGCUGCAGCCACAGGGUAGGAGGAAAAUGCUGAUCAGUAAAACAUCUUAUAUACUGAAGUCCAGAGGGUUUCUCAUUGGAAGAGGGGGAACUGAGUGUCAAAAAAACUACAAUUAGUUAUGUACAUGCAUGAAGCUGUCCAUGCUCACAAAAAUAAAAGACAAAGACAGCAAACCAAACCAAAACAAACAACAAGAAAACCAGUCCUAGGAUGGCAAGAUGCUCAGAGGAUUAAGGCACUUGUGGCCAACCCUGAGGAUCUGAGUUUGAUACCCGUAUUCUGAAUCUUAGAAGGACACAAUCAAAUCCUCCACACAGAAGUGUGUGUGUGUGUGUGUGUGUGUGUGUGUGUGUGUGUGUGUGU